AUGGGUAAAUUCAGCUUGCGCCCUUCUAUGGGAUCGCGUCCCACCUCUGGCGUCUUUGAGAAGAGCAGUCGUCCCAGCAGUGGCGUCUUCUCUUCAUCGAGUCGUCCUUCCUCAGGUGUCUUUGAUGCAGCCGACAUCUCAAGGGUAGCAGCAUCAGAGACCAGCAGCCGUGAGCUCACCGAGUUGGCUCAAGAUCUCAAGGCACUCGCAGACCAAGCCGAACAGCACAAGCAACACAACCUCGACAACUUCGUACAGAUCCUCAGCCACCUCAAUGGCCUUCCUGACAUGCUCGAGCACCUCGGCCAGAUUCCCGACGUGGUCAAUCUGAAUCAGACCAUCGGUCAACAAUCACAACAGAUCGCCGACCUCGAAGCUCGUCUUGCUGCAUCCGAAGCCGCGCAUAAGGAAGAAGUUUCGGCCCACACAAGUUCAAGAGAAGAAGUCACACAACUCAGAGAAAGCUCGAACUCCAAGGACGAGCGCAUCUCGCAUCUCAAGUCUCUUCUUACAAACAUCGACCAGGACGUGAAGGAUGCCCGUGGCGCCCUCGAGACAAGAGACAUCGAGAUCUCGUCCCUCAAGACCGAAGUCUCCAAGCUUAACUCGCUUGUAGCCUUCCAAGAUCAGGAGCAUGCUCAACUCAGCGACUCGAACGCAGCCAAAGAGGAUGAGAUCAAGCAACUUCACGAAGGUCUUGCCGGCAACGAUGCUGAGCUUGCACACACAAAGACCAUUCUGGCUCAACUGGAUGCCCAGAUAGAAUCAAAGAACCAGGAGCUGCACUCGCUGCGCACUGCCAACGAGUUGACCUUCCGUCAAUUGCUCGAGUCGCAGACUGCAAGCAUGGAACAACUCUUCCAACAGCAAAGCCACACUACCGAUGCUUUGACUCAGCAGAUCGUCGAGUUGAAGCAACAGAUUCGUCUGCAGCAACAUCUAGAGAUCCCCAACUCUCCUCCCGCCUCCAACCCAGUCAGUCCCGCCGCUUCAGUGGCAAGCGCGAGCUGGGGUAUGCCUGGCUUUGGCAUGUUCGCCGGCAAGAAGCCCAAGAUGCACAAGCGUUCUCAGAGCCAGAUCGUCAUCAAGGCUCCCCACAAGUUCGAGGUGCCUGUCCCGACUAUGCUUUGA